GGCCUGCACCUGACGCGCGAGGGCGGCCACUCGGCGCGGCGCAUCGUGCACGCCGCUGACGCGACGGGCGCGGAGAUUGAGCGCGCGCUGGUGGCCGCCGCCGCCGCGCACCCCGCCAUCGCUUUCUUCCAGCACCACCUGGCCGUCGACCUGCUGAUCGAUGAGGUGGCGGGGGUGCGGUACUGCCUGGGUGCCGACGUGCUGGACCAGGCCGGCGGCCGCAUGGCCCGCUUUGUGGCCCCCGUCACCAUGCUGGCCACUGGAGGCGCGGGCCAGGUGUACCCAAACACAACCAACCCAGCCGUCACCACGGGAGACGGAAUCGCCAUGGCUUACAGGCGAGGCUUGCGGCUGCCGCCUGGGGGGGCUCUGCCGCCUGGUGGGGCAGGCCUGGGGGCCAAGGCCGCCGUGGCCAACAUGGAGUUUGUGCAGUUCCACCCCACCUCCCUGUACGCCGCUGCCACCCCCGCGGGCGCCGACGCGGGCGCGCUGGCCGGCGGCCGCUCCUUCUUGAUCACCGAGGCGGUACGGGGCGAGGGCGGCCUGCUGUACAACCUGGGCGGCGAGCGCUUCAUGCCUGGCUGCGACCCACGCGGCGAGCUGGCGCCGCGCGACGUUGUGGCCCGCUGCAUCCAAGCCGAGAUGGAGGGGCGCGGGGAGUCGCACGUUCUGCUGGACAUCUCGCACCGCCCGCGCCGCGAGGUGCUGCACCACUUCCCCAACGUCGCCGCACACUGCGCCUCGCUGGGCCUGGACAUCACGCGGGACCCCAUCCCCGUGGUGCCCGCCCAGCACUACCUGUGCGGCGGCGUGCAGACGGGCCUGCUGGGCGAGACGCGGGUGCAGGGCCUGUACGCGUGCGGCGAGGUGGCCUGCUCCGGUCUGCACGGCGCCAACCGCCUGGCCUCCAAUUCCCUGCUGGAGGGGCUGCACGCGUCGCGGUGCGCGGGCGCCGCGCUGGCCGCCGCCGCCGCGGGCGCCGACUUCUCGGGGCCGCGCGCGCCGCGGCCGCUGUCGCCCUCGGCCGCCGCCUGGGUGGCGGCCACGCGGCGCCAGCUGGGCCAGCUGAUGUGGAGCGGCGCGGGCAUCGUGCGGCGCCAGGCCGACAUGCGGCGCGCGCUGCAGGGCAUCGCGCAGCUCUAUGUGGAGACCAAGGCGCUCGUGGCCAGCUACGGGGUCAACACCGAGCUGGUGGAGCUGCGCAACCUGGUGACCGUGGGCGAGCUGAUCAUGAGCUCCGCCCUGCAGCGCCGCGAGUCGAGGGGCGGCCACUACUGCGAGGACUUCCCGCAGGCGGUGCCGCAGGUGGGCGUGGGCCGUGUGUGUGUGUGUGUGUGUGUGUAUGGGUCCCCACAAGGGCUGGGUGUUGGGAGGCGGGCUUCUUGCUGCGGGUUGCUUAUGUUUGGGUGGCGGUUUGGGCUCGGGUGGCGGCGGUCGCGUGUGGUCGUGUGA